GGAUGUGUGGAGGAAGUGAGGCCGGUGUGUCUGCGGGCGGUGGGCGGUGCACAGCCUCAGUCUGGCGGCUCGGCUUCAGUCAGUCACUCGGUGCAUGUGGAGGAGAGCGGACGCACCGGGACCCGGGAUCUGUACCUCACACACACGGCAGUAGACCCCCUCCGACCCAGCGGCAGGCAGGCAGGCAGGCAGGCAGGCGGAGCCGCAUGGAGCUGUGAGGCCGGCGGGCCGACCGGGACCUGCUCCCCGAGCGUCACACUCUCAUUUGUUUAUUUACCAUCCGCGAGCUUUUUUAUCCCCAAAAUGGAGACUACAGGCUGCUGGCUGCUCCUGGCUACACACUUGAUCUUUUUCUGCCAACAAGCUGGAGGUUAUGCAUACAGGAACCAACGCAAGUUCUCAGAAGACAUCGACUGGUCGUACGCAGGAACUUUAAAUCAAAACAACUGGGCCAAGAAGUUUCCGUCCUGCAGCAACGCCAAGCAGUCUCCGAUCAACAUCGAGGAGAACCUGGCCCAGGUGAAGCUGCAGUACCAGAAACUGAGGUUCGACGGCUGGGAGAGCCUGAUGAGCGACGGGACGACCAUCAAGAACGACGGCAAGACGGUGGCGGUCAAUGUGGACGGAGAGUUCUACGUCAGCGGAGGAGGUCUCAGGUCAAAGUUCAAAGUCGGACGCAUCACCUUCCACUGGGGGCGCUGCAACGCCUCCUCAGACGGCUCCGAACACAGUCUGGAUGGAGUCAAAUACCCUCUGGAGAUGCAGAUCUACUGUUAUGAGGCCCAUCGCUUUGACUCUUUGGACGAAACCAUCAAGGCAGGAGGCAGAAUCACAGCACUCGCCGUGCUGUUUGAGACGAGCAACGAGGAGAAUAUGAACUACGCCGCCAUCAUAGACGGGAUCACUAGCGUGAGCCGAUACGGAAAGAGCGCAGAGGCGUUACCGUUCGCCCCACGAGGUCUCCUGCCCAACUCCACGGAGAAGUACUUCAUCUACAACGGCUCUCUGACCACGCCGCCCUGCAGCGAGACUGUCGAGUGGAUCGUCUUCAGGAACACGGUGGCCAUCUCUGACGAACAGCUGGAGAUGUUCUGCGAGGUGAUGACGAUGCAGCAGGCCGGAUACGUGAUGCUGAUGGACUACCUGCAGAACAACUACAGGGAGCAGCAGCAGCAGUUCAUGGGCCAGGUGUUCUCCUCCUACACCGGGACCGAGGAGGUCCUCACACCCGUGUGCAGUUCGGAGCCGGAGAACAUCCAGGCGGUGCCCCACAACCGGAGCAGCCUGCUGGUGACGUGGGAGCGGCCGCGGGCGGUGUACGACGCCAGCAUCGAGAAAUACUCCGUCACCUACCGAGUGGCCAACACAGAAGACACCGCCCCGUCUAGAUACCUGACCGACGGAGACCAGGACGUGGGCGCGAUACUCGACGACCUGUUGGCCAACACCAGCUACGUGGUCCAGGUGGUGGCGGUCUGCACCAACGGUCUCUACGGACGCGUAAGCGACCUGCUGACGGUCGCCAUGCCCGUCGACGACCCCGAAAAUACCCUGGAUCCAAACUCAGAUGAAUUUGACGAUGAGGCCAACUAUGAACCCAAUCCGGCUUGGAAUGAACCGGUCCAAACCGAGGAUUAUGACCGGGCCUGGAUUCCCACGAGCUCUCCGAGAACCACGACUUCGACCAAGACCGGCUUGCCUCUUUUACCUUUACCUGGCAUCAGAACGACCACAGCAGAGUCAGUUCGGAGGAAAACCACCACUGAUUCACUUCCCCCAGUCAGAUCCACCCAGCAUGGUCAAGUCCUGAGCCAUUCUGAAGAGACAGCGCUCCGCAGUACCUCCACGCGCCCACCAGAGGUCGCCCUACAACCAGAAACAAAAGGAGACACUCAUUUCGGUGGCACUGCUCCCUUUUACUCCACAACAACAACUUCUAAGGAAGCCUUCGUUUCCACUACUCCUUUCUACCCCAUUGCAAAGACACAUGGCCUUCCUGGAGUCACAUGUCCCAAAGACUCCUCUGAAAUAACAAAAGGCGAAGUUAGUGCCACUGCUCCUACACUCACCAGUGCAAAGACAAAAGGUGGUAAAAGUAUUUCUUCACAUGGCACUGUUACCACGACGCUGAAGUCUCGUAGCAGCACAACAACAUCGUCGUCCUUCGUCUACGCCGAGACCGGCCGAGGCUUGGCGGGUCCAGUAAACGAAGACACCACCACCGAUGGAGACGUGUCUGCUGGACCACGAGGUCUUCCAGAGAUCCAAACUUCGACCACCCCCCAACCUUCCUUCUCUGGCAAAGUAGUUCCACGUAGGCCCACAAGUCCCAGCAUUCCUCAUUUUCCGUCUACCACGACUUCUGUCCGGCUGAGUGGCGUUCUUUUGCAGACCACACAGCCAAUGUCCACUGGUGAGCGCCCCUUUGUCCUCCCCUCCACCUCCACCUCCACCUCCUCCUCUUCCUCCUCCCCUCUGUGUGACACCGCGGACCCCUCCAUCUGCCUGCAUGACCCUCCCUCCUCGUCCCGGCCUGUGUUGUCUGCCUCCGCACUGGACUCCCAGCAUGCCGUAACCGCUUCGCAGUCUAGCAAAGACCCGGCUUCUCCUUCAACCCCCACACUCCCCGCCUACACCCUGCCUCACGUCCCUCCACCCUCGCACCCCCUGUCUGGUUGGGACUCUGUCUUCCCCGGUGUCAGGUUCGAUGAUAAUGAUAGCGAUGGUGACGGUGAUGGUGAUUUGUUGUCUGGGUCUUCGUCUUUGUCGGUCUCCUCAAGUGACACCUCAGUUUUUAGCGUUACCCCUCCUUUAAAAACGGUGCCGGAUCCACCCGGCACCACCGCCACCGCUGCCGCCGAGCCGUCCGAAUCCUCCUGGGAUCCUUCACUCUCAACGGUCUCACUGUCUCUCACCCCCACCCUCCAGCCUUCAGUUGUCCUCUCUGACUUUACCCUUUCCAGCACAACGCCGGGCUUGUCCCGACCUUUCUCACUUGGGUUUGAGGACGCAAGGUACGCCACGGGGAACACAAUAGAGUCGUUUCUCCCCGAUGUCAGCGGUGAUGGGUUUACUCUGGCUAGCGACGUGGACCCCAUGUGCGGCUGUUCUCUGGAGCCGUCGGCCUCCUCGUCCUGGUUGCAUGCCUCUCCUCACGUCCCCCUGCCGUCCUCAGCCUGGAACUCUGCUAGCUUAGAGCUUUACUCUAGUGUGGGCUUCCCUUUGGCCUCUGGUGUUGUAACAGAUGAUCUUCCACGCUCUCUGUCCGUGGCUGUGUCUGACGGUUUGUCCUUAGACCAGCCUCUCUUCCCCCAUAGCGCUAUCUCUCCCUCAUCGUCCUCUUCACACUCCCUCCUUCUCCACAUCACCCAUAGUGACCUGCCCGUUUCUGUUGCAGCCACAGCGUCUGGCGCCGGGGACCCUUGGUUCUCAGCAUCAGACAGGACCCCCGCCCUACAAACCUCUGCUCACCCUUCCUCACCCACAGCCUCCCCCUUCACCCCCACCCCAGAGGGACAGGCGUUAGACAUUAGCAACAGUGCCUCCGGCUCGGCGUUGUUCCCAGAUUCCCAGGAGGGCGUAGAUCAGGAGUGGGACAGGGUUCAAACGUCGGCCUCUGGAGAGAGCGUUCUCACUUAUUCAACCAACGUUACUAAAGCCGUUCCCCCGUCUCCGACCUCUGAAUCCGGCCAGGCCCCCGACGAUUUGGAGGAACGCGCCUCGGCGUUCUAUUUUGAAAGCGAGAGCGGCAGUGCCAUCCCCUCAGAGGUAGGAGGCACGGUGACGCCAGCCAUUCCUGCUGUGACCUCGGCUUCACCCUGGUCGCUGGGCGGGGAGGAGGAGAGCGGCUCAGGGCAGGGUGACAGCCUGUACGACAACGAGACGUCCUCUGACUUCAGUAUCUCCGAGCGCACAGAGAGAGAGUCGGAGACAGAGGAGCCAGUCGCAGAUGCCAGUAACAGCAGCCACGAGUCCAGAGUGGGUUCGAUCCGGGAAGGGGAGAGGAAGGCGGUGGUUCCUCUGGCCGUCAUCUCCACCCUCACCGUCCUCGGCCUGAUCGUCCUCAUCGGCAUCUUCAUCUACUGGAGGACCUGUUUUCAGACGGCUCACUUCUACAUCAACGAAAGCUCAUCACCCAGAGUCCUCGCUGCACCGUCCACUGCUGCAUUGACAUCUGACGAACAGACAGCUUUUCCUGUGAAGGAGUUCGUCAAACACGUGGCUGAGCUUCACGACACGCUCGGCUUCCAGCGACAGUUUGAGAUACUGAAGGAGAGUUACGAGGAGGUUCAGACGUGCACGGUGGACAUGGGGAUGACAACAGACAGCUCCAACCAUCCUGACAACACAACAAAGAACAGAUACAGCAACAUCCUGGCCUAUGACCACACCCGGGUGCGACUCUCGCCGCAGCCCGACAAAGACGGGAAGACGAGGGAUUACAUCAACGCAAACUACGUGGACGGUUUUAAGAAGCCGCGCUCGUACAUCGCGGCUCAGGGUCCUCUGAGGUCGAGCACCGAGGACUUCUGGAGGAUGAUUUGGGAGCAAAACGUCUGCGUCAUCGUAAUGAUCACCAACCUGAUGGAGAAAGGAAGAAGGAAGUGUGAUCAGUACUGGCCGGCGGACGCGCAGGAGGAGUACGGCAGCUUCCUGGUGACGGUGAAGAGCAGCAGAGCGCUCGCCUACUACACCCAGAGGACGUUCACUGUCAGGAACACCCACGCCAAAAAGGGCUCCCGGAAGGGGCGGCUCAACGAGCGGACUGUGACUCAGUACCACUACACCCAGUGGCCCGACAUGGGCGUCCCGGACUUCGCUCUGCCGCUGAUCAGCUUCGUCCGCAAGUCGUCCAAAGCCAGGACGGACGACACGGGGCCGAUGGUGGUGCACUGCAGCGCCGGCGUGGGCCGGACGGGCACGUACGUGGUCCUGGACAGCAUGCUGAAGCAGAUGAGAGACGAAAGCACCGUCAACAUCACAGGCUUCCUCAAGCACAUCCGCACGCAGAGGAACAACCUGGUUCAGACACAGGAACAGUACGUUUUUAUCCACGAUGCCCUUGUGGAAGCCAUCUUGUCCGGAGAGACGGAGGUGCCGGCGGCUCACCUGCACAGGUACGUGGACGAGCUGCUGAUCCCGGGGCAUGCUGGGAAGACGCGCCUGGACAAACAGUUUAAGCUGGUUUGUCAGUCCGGGGUGAAGCAGUGUGACUACUCCACAGCGCUGCAGGACUGCAACCGCAGCAAGAACAGGAGCUGCUCUGUGGUACCCGUUGAGAGGUCGCGAGUGCGCCUGUCUGCGACGGCGGGGGAGACGUCCGACUACAUUAACGCAUCAUACAUUGCAGGUUACAGGCAAAGCAGGGAGUUCAUCAUUACCCAGAAGCCUUUGCCUGGCACCAUAAAGGACUUCUGGAAGAUGAUAUGGGACCACAACGCCCAGGUCAUCGUGUCGCUGCUGGGCUCGGGCAAGACGGAGGAGGAUGAUGAGGAGGGGGCGGAGCUGUGUGUCGUCUGGCCCCGUAAAGGGCAGCCAAUCAGCUACGAGACGUUCACCGUCACUCACAGGAGUGAGAACCACAUCUGUCUGACCAACGAGGACAUGCUGGUGGUCCAGGACUACGUACUGGAAGCUACGCAGGACGACUACGUUCUGGAGGUGAAACACUACCGCCCCCCCAGCUGGCCGAAUCCAGACAGUCCCAUCAGCAACACAUUCGAGCUCCUUAACCUGGUGAAAGAAGAGAGCACCGCCAAGGACGGCCCCGCAGUGGUCCACGAUGAUGUGGGCGGAGUCACGGCGGGAACCUUCUGCGCUCUCUCGUCUCUGGCUCGUCAGCUGGAGGCCGAAGGAUCGGUCGACGUCUUCCAAGUGGCCAAGCUGACCAACCUGAUGAGACCGGGAGUCUUCAGCAACAUCGAGCAGUACCAGUUCCUGUACAAAGCCAUGCUGAGUCUCAUCAGGACGCAGGAAGACGAGCAAACCCUCCAGUCCUCCGACAACAACGGCACCAUCGUGGUGGGAACCGCCAGCGCCGCCGAGAGCCUCGAGUCCCUGGUGUAAGAAAAACAACAAAGAACUCUCGUUUUAACUUUUACAAACGAGCAGCAGCAUUUACUCCUUCCUCUUCAACCACCAACAGAAGUCCUCACACUCGCGCUACGACUACAAGAAUCCCAAAUCCUCAUCGUUCAGGACUGCGUGUGCCGGUUUGAGACGAGGUUCUCCUCUGCUGGAUCUGGACUCCCUCCGGUUUUGUAAUUUGUGCCUUUUUUUUGUAAUUUUCAUCCCGUGCUUCUAACUUUGAUACAAGCUGUAGACUAACUGUCCGAUGUUUUAACGCUGUACCGCCGUGAGACGUUUCAACCCAACUUACUACACUUUUCCUAAACCUUUGUAUUUAUUGGCACUGAGCCAAGCGGGGAAAAAAGGGA